AUGACUGACUGCCUGAACUGUCUAAAGAAGUUCAAGGAUGCCUUGGGUAUUACACGUCACCGAAGCCAGCCCCUCGUAUCAUGCGGACAAUGUACUACUGUGGAGUUCACAACUGCAGCAGAAAUACUCAACUCAUUGAACCGGCGUGCAUCUUUUGAAUCCAAACAAUCAUCAUCACACUCUCAGUCUUCUGCUUAUUCUGGCAGACUUGGAACUCAAAGUCCUCAUGGCUUCUCAAUGGACUUAGAUCUGCCGCCAGCAUGGAACCCAGGCCCUAACUCGGAUGAGGAUGAUAUGGUCUACCACAAUGAAGAAGUGGACAUGGAGAAUGAUUUUCCAAUCCCCAAUGGAGAGACACUGUGUUGUGGAGCUGCAGGAGGGCAUUUUACACCAUAUGAAGGUGCUGCAAGGGUACAUGCACAGGGCCUGACUUUCCUGGAGCGGUUCAAUGAUGAUGUAUAUGCACAUCAUCGUAACAACAACUUGUAUUAUCCAUUUGCAUCCUUUCAGGACUGGGAGCUCGCUAGUUUUCUACUGUCCUCAGCAUUGAGUAUGGCGGCCAUAGAUCGCUUCCCAGGGAUAGAACUGAUCAAAGCCUUACCGCUCUCCUUUCACACAGCAAAAGAGCUACAGGGUUGUGCUGAGCUUCUACCCUCUGGUCCCAAGUGGCAAUAUUGUGUUGUUUCCACCGAUCAUCCAAUGAAACUACCUGUGCACCUGUAUUGGUGUGAUCCACUGGACUGUAUUGAAUCCCUCUUCAAUAAUCCAAGAUUUGCCAAGGAUAUCAACCUCAUACUUGAAUGCAUAUAUACCAUGGUGGAGCGUACAGUACGGAUAUAUGGUGAAUGGAUGACUGGCAAAGCAGCCUGGACGAUGCAGUUCAAGCUUCCAGAGGAUUCUACAUUGCUUGGUGUAAUACUUUCCUCUGAUAAGACCAAUAUCACAAACAUGACCAGCAGACACAUCACUCACCCCCUCCUCAUCAGUCUUGCCAACAUCAAGAUGGCAGUUCGAAACAAGGCAUCAUCACACACUUUUCUUCUCACAGCCCUGCUUCCCAUCACUGAAUUUUUGCAUCCGGUCAAACAUAUGCAAGGUGUUCUAGAAGCUCACCUAAUCCAUCAGUGUCUUGACAUUAUCCUCAAGCCACUCAAGCGGGCUGCACACAUUGGACAUAUGAUGUCAGACCCAAGCAUCAAAUCUAUAUGUGACCCUCUAAAUGUCAAAGCCUUCUUUGCCGCAUGUGAGCCCAACUGCCUCAGUGGUGUUGCUGAUCUGUUCUGGUGCGAUUGGCCAUUCACAAAUCCAAAUUUGUUUCUGACUCCGGAGGCCUUGCAUCAUUGGCAUCGCGAAUCCUAUGAUCAUGAUGUACAGUGGUGUAUUAGAACUGUCAGCGUGGAGGAGCUCGACUUUUGUUUUUCUGUCUUACAACCACUCGGUAUCUCAAAGCUCAAGCAAAUCACUGGAAGAGCGCAGCAGGACAUACAGUGUUACCUUGUUGCUGUCAUCACAAAUGCUGCGCCUCCGGGCGUCAUCAUAGCUGUCCGUGCACUAAUGGACUUCUGUUACUUAUCUCAAGCAAUAACCAUCAAUGAGCAGCAAUGUCAGAAGAUCCUUGAUGCUCUCAAGACGUUUCACAACCACAAACAUGAAGUUAUUGCGCACGGUGGGCAUCGGGGUGCCAAGAGCAAAAACAUCCUUGACAACUGGUACAUUCCAAAACUCGAAUUGAUGCAAAGUGUUGUGCCGAGUACAAAUCAAGUCACUGACACCACAGAACGAGCUCACAUAACUCUCAUCAAGGAUCCAGCAGAGUCUACGAAUAUCCAGAACUAUGAUCCCCAGAUAUGUCGAUAUCUGGAUUGCGUCAAAAAAUGUCAACAUUUUCAUCUUGCGACAUCUAUUGCUCAGCAAUCGCAAGAUGAUUCGGAUGAUGGGAUCGAUGAUGACAAGAAUGCCAAUGAAGCAGGUGAUAGCCAGGCUGCCAUUAGUAAUUUCUGGUGGACAGGACAUGUUGUAUCAAAUUUCUUCAAGAAGGCACAAUUUGCCUUGUUGUCCACCACAGCGCCCAGACCACUCCGCACAUUCAUCAUUGGCUCCACUGCCAUACAUCUCAAUUUUGACCCCUCAUUACGAUGCCAAGCUAUCAAUGAUGUCGCUGAGAAGUUCUCACUCGCCGAUUACAUUCAAUGGGAGGGUCAGACUGUUCAAAACCUCCACAAGUUGACAGGACAACAUCGAGCAUCACCAACCAUGAAUCUUCCAUUCCAGCAUCUCAAUAUUUGGUUCAAAGUACGUGUGCAGCAGACACCACACCACAGUGGGUCAGCCCUCCUUCCUGCUCUGAUGGUUAAUGCAUCUCCGCCAGAUGCCCAUUGGAAGCAUGGCCACUACAAUGCUGCCAUAUUUACUGUUGAUGGCACAGAACAAUGGCCUGCUAGUGGGCUUAAAGGACACAUUGUUGUUGAGGUUCGCCUCAUUAUGUUACCAGUCUCACCACCAGGCAGAACUCUCCCGUGGGCUGCACAUUUCCUUACUUAUGUCCAAUGUCUCAACAUAGUACCUCAGCAAUGCGGAAUGGUACUGGACUGCACUACACAGAUGCAUGUUCUAAAAUGUGCUACACGUACAGGAGUGAUGCCUUUCGGGGACAUCCUUCCCCUAGAUCAACUUCGCUCCUUUGCUCACAUUAUUCCCCGCUUUGGUCCUGUCGCUGACACUCGUCUGAUGCCACAAAACAGCUCUAAGUUCACUCAAUCAUUUUUGCUCAAUAAGUACAUCGACAAGGAUUUUUACCAUACUAUUUCUGAGUUGAAUGCAGCAGCAUAG